AUGGACACUGCUACAGCUGUCGCCAACAUUACCCCAGGAAGUGAAGUUGCUGCUCUUGCCCGUUGCUUUGAUACACUUCUCCAAGCUGAUUUUGCUGAUACAUCAAUCCUCGAGAAGCUUCUUCCAUUCCUUGAGAAGAAUCUUCUUGAAAGAAAUAUCAUUGAUUACUCAAUUGAACCAGGUAUCGAUAUCACAAAGAACUACUUCGUUCUUUGGGAACCAUUCCUUCGUGCUAAGACAGCUCUUCUUAUCGGCACAAUCAUUGAGAAGUGCAAGGAAGUCCCAGAUGUUUCCAAACUCGUUAACCCACUUGUUGAUUUAUUUUUAAGCGAAGAACAGAUCGAGCAAUGCUUUGCUUUAAUUGCUCUUUCUAACAUCGGCCUUCGUAAGCCAGAAGCCAUCCUCCCACUCUUCCCAAAGCUUGUUAAGCCACUUAUCCAGAUUGUCGGUGCCGCUUCAUCACCAGCUACAUCAUUCGAUCUUUACCACUCAAAGGCUUUCCAGUCCCAGGUCUUCGAGUCAUUCUUUGACUUCAUGGAUAUCCCAGGACUCCUUGUUACACCAGAUAAUGUUCAGCGCCUCUUCGAAAACAACAUCACUUUGGCCAUCAUACAAGUUGCCCUUUCUGAGCAAGUUUACAUCGAAAAGAAGCCAGCAACACUCUGGCGCAUGAUUUGGCUCUUCCUCCGCAUCACUACAGAGCACCCACAAGGCUUAAAGAUGUGGGAUGUCGAUCACAUUCCAAAGAUAGGUCCUCAAGCUUGCCAACUCAUGAGACUCGCUCUCGUCGCUCCAGAUAGAGCUGCCUAUAUCCGUAACCAAGUUGCUAAGGUUCCAAAGGAACAAUGGACAGCUGAGAAAUUCACACAAUUACUUAAAGAAUUACCAAGACAGUAA